AUGCAAAGUGGUAAUGAAGAAAAUUUCAUUUAUAAGACCCACGUGCAUACUAGCAGAGGGAGGAUAGUAGGCCGGGCCGAGAAUAAUCCGCUCAGAGCCCAGCAGCUGGCUGCGGGGCUGGAGGUGGAGAUGAUGGCCGAUAUGUCCAACAGGAUGACAAAUGCCUGCCACCAGAAGAGCAUGCCUCCCCACUACAAAGAUGCUGAGCUGUCCAAGGCCGCGACUGUGUGCCUGGACAUCCUUGAGCGCAUGGGCAAGAAGCUGACGGAGCUGUCUAUGCAGGACGAGGAGCUGAUGAAGAGGGUCCAGCAGAGCUCCAGGCCAGGACACACCUAG